UUCAUUGUCAGCGCCUCAUUUAUACUCGGUCCACGGGAUUUAUGUCUCAGCACGAGCUCGAGUGCUCAGACUGCCGAAGAGUGCUGAAGUUUGGGAGUCUGACGGGGUUUUCACUAUUAAAUGUACUUUUUAAAGCAAGAACUAAAUGAACCCACCCCCCUCCAACCACAAUAGUAGAGUUUCCCAGGCAGUGAGUCAUUCAAUAUCAAACACCUGCACCAGUAUAAAUGAGUUAACCUCACUACAUCCUGGACCCCUAUUCAUCCAUAUACAUUCAGCUGGAAUCAUUAGAGGAGGAAAACAACAACAACAAUGUUCUCGAUCUUCCGAACCUGCCUCAGAGGAAUCUACAGUUGUCAAUGGAACAGUCAAACCAGGACACAAAAUAGGGCUUGCUGCUGGUUCUCCUUUCUGUGUCUUGUGUCCAUACUUGCCCUGAGUUGGAUGUACGUUUGUUUUAUUGCCUUCAACGACCAUGAUGAUGUAAACUGGCUUGCCUUCAAAACCUUAAAAAAAUGGGUGAGCUGGUACAUGAUAGUGAUGGUUGUUUCUGCUGUGCUGGCCAUAUACUGCCUUCUUCUGCUGGUAUUUGGAUUGCUGCAUUUAGCAAUCAGAGAGCCCUUAAAUUUACACUGUCUGCAUAAGGUGUUCCUGUUUUUAGGUCUCCUCACUGUUACUUUAGGCACAGCUGGAAUUUGUAUAAAAUGGAAAGAAGAGUGGAAAAGUGUCUAUAUGUCAUUUCAGGCCACUGCUCCUUUCCUGCAGCUGUGUGGUGUGGUGGCUUUGACCUUGAUCAGCUGGCUGGUGUUCCAGAGUUAUCAUAGAGCAAAAACAGCUGCUUGUAAGGUUUUAAUAAUGAUGACCUUCCUGGUAGUGUCUGCUGCUGUGUUUCUCUGUCCUCUUGCUAUCUGCUCUCCAUGCAUUACCAAUAAUCUUCCCCCAAAACCAGCUCUCAUUGGACACCGCGGUGCUCCGAUGAUGGCUCCAGAGAACACCAUGAUGUCAUUCAGGAAGAGUAUGGAGUGUGAUGUGGUGGCAUUUGAAACAGAUGUGCAACUCAGUAAGGACAAGAAGCCUUUUCUUAUGCAUGACAAUGGUUCAAGCUUUUUGCUGCGAACAACUGACGUGAAGGAUAAGUUUUUAGGUCGAGAUGGCGACGUGAACACUAACUUCACAUUAGAGGAGUUAAAGACUUUAAAUGCAGGCGAAUGGUUUGUAAGGACAGAUCCAUUUCAGUCAGUGGCAUCGCUCUCAAAGGAAGAGAAGAUGGAGGCUAAUAACCAGACAGUACCUUCUCUUAAUGAGCUCUUAGUCAUGGCCAAAACGCAUAAUGUCUCCCUCAUAUUUGACCUCAAAAAUGAUGAAAACUCAACAGGAUUCCAAAACAGUGACUCCUACUACACCACUGAAACGAUCAAAAAAUCAGGCAUCUCACAAGACAAGAUAUGGUGGCUCCCUUCAGAAUUUAGGCACGAAGUGAGAAACAUUGCACCAGGGUUCAAGCAGGUGUAUCAUAAUGAACAAGACAUGAAUGCGGAUGGUGGAAGCUUUCUGAAUAUGAAAUACAGUUCACUGAAUGCUCACGAAAUAAGUGAGCUGCGGGAAAAAAAUGUGUCCGUGAAUCUGUGGGUUGUGAAUGAGCCCUGGCUCUUCUCAUUACUGUGGUGCUCAGGGGCCAGUUCAGUGACCACCAAUGCUUGCCACAUCCUCAAAAACAUGUCUAAGCCUGACUGGCAUCUGGAGCCUAAUAUCUACAUGGGAAUAUGGAUCUCGGCUGAUGUGAUAUCAUUACUGUUGAUGUUUGGCCUGUUUAUCUGGCAAAGGAGGAGGAAAAGCCAUGUUUUUCGUCAGAAUACAAGUGAGAGAAGUUAUCCUCUGCUUCCUCGCUGAAUGAUGCCAUCCCUGACACUACAGGGCAUUUCCCUGGUUCACUUUUUGAAGGAGUUCACGUGGGCAUUAUAAGAAAACCACACCAUGUUAAAUGUGCUAUGCAGUAAUUUCACAAUAUUUGUGCUAAUAAUGUAGACUGCAUAUACAAGACACUGUUUGAUUUGAGAAUUUAUAUAAUUAUUUUCUCAUUAGGGCAGCAUGUUAUUCAGUGCUGCCACCUCUUGACAGAUUUAUGUUAGCAGAACUGCAACUUUUCUUUAAUGACGAGUUUUUACAAGGGAUGUUUGCUUUAUGUAAAAAAUUCUGGGCCUGUCCGAAACCUUAACAGUGUUCAGUGUCAAUAACAGAAAAGGUGUUUUGCAAUAUAACAUGAUGAGCACAAUAACUGUAGUCACAGUGUUUAAAUGAACAAAAUUUGUAUAUAGAUAUUUUUCAUUGCUAUUUUUAUAGUGUUUUUUAUGGGGGUUAUCAAGACAAAUUCAGAAAGAGGGGGUUUAAGUCUGGCUCAACAUAAGAUCUGGCUGGUACAGGGUUCAUUUUGGGGUCAUAAUAUUUAGGUGUUGCCACAAAACUGAAUGUGUGCCCUUUUGACCCACACCGGUUCUGUAAAGACAUCUAUAAAAAUUACUUUAUAAAUAUUAGUAAUGGGAAACCUUUUUAAUUUGUUGUACAGUUUGGAUAUCUGUGAUUAAUUUAGAUUUCCAGGUAACAUCAUUUCUUGCUAAUAUAAUGGUUCAUGAUAUAUUAUUAAUUUUCAAAACUUUUACAAUAUUUUAAACAACCAAUAGGGAGACUUUAGAAAGUGUUUUGUUCCUCAAAGUACCUGUUUAUACCUUUUAUGCCAUCCAAAUAUCUAAUAUUUCAAGAAUCAGUCACUGAAUACCCAUACUGAUUGAACGAUAACUUUGUCUGAUUAACAAGUUAUUUUUAUUGAUAUACUGCAGUCCUAAAUACGUGGGUGGCACAACAAGUAUAAACAGAUAUUUUGAGGAGCAAAACAUCUUCUAAAGUCUCCCUAUUUAUAAUUUAAAAGAUUGUAAAAGUUAAAUAAAAUUAA